UGGGUUCAACCAGGGUGAGCUCUCGGGCAUCUCGGGUCAAAGAAAUGUGGUCCCCGAUGCGCCUGUUCACAAGCAACGCGAGAAGUACCCCCCUCGGAUCCAACGACGCAGCGCGACCCACCCCUCGAGAUCCGCUGCAUCGACGGUCAGAUCUCUACCGUCUCUCCUUCCUCCCGCCUUUGAUCUCCGUCUCCCCCAUCUAUAUAUCAAUAGCUCUCUCAAGUCCAUCGCUGAGAUCACACAGCUCUCCCCAUUCCACUUGGGUCUCCCCCCUCCCUCUCCCUCUCUCUUUCUCUCUGCUCGAAGACUGACUUCGAGGUUUUAAGUUCUUCUUUCUCCUCCCUGGGCUCGGAUGCCGGAUGCAAGUGCUCUUCGUCGGAUCACAUCUCUUUCUCCAAGAAGAAUGACACUCAGAAAGCGGCGGUUUUGCUUCCAUGAUUAGUUUUGCAACUUUUUUCCACUUAAAAUAAUUAAAUGGCAACCGAUGUUGAUCAAGCUUAUCAAGGAUGGUCACAGGGGGAAUUGUCUGAUGGAGAUACAUCUCAAGAAAUCCCAGUUUCUCAAAUGCUUGAUCAUGGUUCCAUUUCUUUUGGAAGAUUUCCAAUUGAGUCAUUGUCAUGGGAGAGGCGGUCAGUUUUUACUCACAAUAGAUGUCAAGAGGAACUGGAGAAGUUCAAUGGUCUAGUUGCCAAGAAGAAGGCAUAUUUUGAGGAGCGCUAUAGAAGAAUUCGAGCUAUGAAAGCUCAACAGAAUGUUCGACAGAAUCAACAUACGGAGCUCACAUUGGAUUAUGGUGGUGAUGGUAGUAUGUCUAGCCAAAGCGGUGAAGAAGAUGGAGCAGCUUCACAGCAUGAAAGAUUCAAAGAUGGGGCAUCAAACAAUGUUCAUUCUAUCCCAGAAGAGACUAAACCUGGAGUAACCCUUGAGCAGGAAAUUAACUGCAAUGAACCUCCUCAAGAAAGGUGCUUUAAUCCAGACUCCACAUUGCCAAAUCCUGAUUCCUCAAGAGGAAUUCCAGAGAACACUGAGCAAGAUAAAAACACUUUAGACACUACUAUGCUGGUACAACCAAUGGAAACAGAGUCCUCAUUGCCCCUUACAGGAGAUUUGAAGGAGACUAAAUCAAAUUCUAGCAGCAAACUUGACAAUAAAGAGAUCUUGCUGAAGCCUAAGAGCCUUGAAUCAAACAUUGAGCCUAGAAGAGUUGCACCGGAUACUAAGAAAAUUAAGUCUGAACAAUUGCAGUCAAUUAGAAAACCUUUGCACCAUAAAUCACUUUCUAAGGAUCCUGCCGCAGUUAGAAAUGGUUUAAAUAUGAAACAAGAAACUAAGUCGAAUGGGGUUCACUCAUCAAAGGGACUAAAAACUCCAUCACAAAAGACGGCCAGUCAGACUUUGAGCAAGAUCAUAGCUAGUAGAGUCAAAAGCAAUGCUAUGUCCACCUUGGUUGAUCUAAAUCAACCGCUUACAAAAGCACGCUCUAUUAGCACCACACUGGGUCCAUUUACUCUUGUAAUGGAAAGAAGAGCAAGAAGUAGAGGAAAUUCAACAAAGCUGGACUCUGGAAGCUCAAACAUGCUAGCAUCAUCACAAAUUCAAGCAAAGGGUGGAUCAAGUGUGCAGGACACGAAGAAAACAGCUUCAUCUAGUGGAAUGACAAGUAGAAGAGGACCUGAAACUAAAAGGUUGAUUAAAAAAAGGAUAUUGUUGACAUCUUUCAAAAACUUAAAAGAAGUAAAGAAGAAGCCUUUAGCAGUGGACAGCCACUAUGCAAACUUAAAGAAAAUUGAGGCACAUGUUCUUGGGCCACCCAAGUCCAGGUCUAGUGAGCUUCCUGCUAGGAACAAGUCCAUAUGUAAUGUUGGAACUGAGCCCCAUAUUGCAACUGCCGAAGGAAUGAAACGAAAAGAGGGAAAUGCUAGAAUGAGGGAGUUCCAAAGAGGUACUAUAAAGACAACUGGCCCUUCUAAGUCUGGGAAUAUGCCGAUGGAUACUAAGCAGGCACUUGCAGGCCGAGGAGCUGAUGUAUCUCGUGGUGGGAGCAAAUCAAAGCUUGAUGAUCCAUCACUGGAUGGGAGGAAGACAAGCAGGCGAGAGACACCGCACUGGCGAUGAGUCCUCCCAACUUGAACGCGUAUACUGGCACCUUGCUUGCUUCAGCUGCUUCUUUCACUUGCCGCUCGCGGUACGGAUCUCGUCACCUCUGCUCUCUUGUGAGUGUGAUUUGGAUCUAUCAGUAUGUACCAUAUACAUCGUUUGGUCAUUGUAAAUUUGCCUAAUCCGAACCUCUCACCCUUGUCGAUUUCUGUAUCUAGAUAUUCGCAAAGCCAUAUGUUUCGUGAGAUCACAUAUAUGGUGAAAUAUACUUCUCGUGCUGGUUAAGUUUCGGUA